AUGUUUAUCCACUUUUCAGUGAAUCCGUUUGAUUCUAUAGAACAUAAUUGCGUGGGAACUUCGCCUGAUUGCAUUCCAGCUAGCAAGUUCAAUCCUACCAACUUGUCUACGGAUCAAUGGGUACAAACUGCCGUAGCCCUGGGCGCCAAGGAGAUUUGUUUGACAGCGCACCAUGAAGGUGGCUUUUGUCUGUGGGACACUCAGUACUCCGACUACUCUGUCAUGCACUCGCCGUAUGGCAAAGAUAUUGUUAAGCAGUUUGUAAAGAGUUGCCAGAAAUACAAGGUAAAGCCGUGCUACUACAUGGGACCCAAUGCCAAUGGAUAUCUGUCCAACUUGAAACAGUAUACCCCACACCAGUUUGUGCAGGCACAACUAGGCAUGCUCACGGAGCUACUAGAAAACUACCCUGUCAAACCAAGUAGACUCUGGUGGGAUCACUAUCCAGGAGGAUGUGCCACCAAAGAUGGAAAACACAGCAGACUCUCACCCUGUCCUGAGGGAUCCUUUCCAGAUGCUUGGCCGCUAUUCAUUCAACUCGUACGAGAAAAAUCGCCAAACACCAUCAUUUGUCCAGGACCCGAUUGCGAUGGACACCAAGGAGAAUCAGGAAUUGGAAACUAUCCCAGUUGGAAUCCUUGUCAACCAGAUCCUCCUCCUCACGGCAAGCAUCAUACUAUUAAUACAAACACUACACUUACUUGCCAUCACCAUGCUCCCGAUCCAAGCCUUACCGGAUUUCAUCCUUACGAAGCUUGCGCCACCAUGACUCACGGAUGGUUCUGCAAACAAGACGGAGCGCAACAGAAACAUUGGAGGGCGGCAGAUAUUUGGGAUCAUUACAUGCAAUCCGUCGGACAAGGAUGGAUCAAUACACUCAAUGCACCCGUAUGUACCACCGGCCAAAUAUUUUCGGGUUUGGUGCACGAAAUAAAACUAUUUGGCAAGGCACUACGAUCCUUGUUUGACACGGUCCAUGCGGCAUCAUCCCACGACAAAACCAUUGUCGGACCCAAAUGCGACAAUACGACGCUGAUCGAAUUGCAAUUGAAUGUAUCAUCGUCGUCGACGCCGCCGACGUUCAAUGCAGUCAUUUUGCGAGAAGAAUUGUCCAAGGGACAACGAAUCGUUCAGUACGGCCUGGAUUACUACGAUCAUCACCACCACCAGUGGGUGGCACUGCCGGGUGUGCAUGGACAAAGCGUAGGGAAUUUAUUGAUUGAUUGGGUCACUGCUCCCGCGACAGCCAGCAAAGUUCGUAUGCGAUGCGUCAAGGCCAUGGCGGUGCCCGUCUAUUUGAAAAGCGUCUCGGUCCACACGGGAUUUCGGCCCCAUGGUGACACUGAAAACGACAACAAUGAAAAUGACAAUAUUGACAAUGACAAUUUGCAAGCAAAUAAAUGA